AUGGGAAAUCUUUUUAACAGACAUCCUAAAACUUACGGCCAAGGAAGUCACCAAUGUUGCGUUUGCUUUAAUCGUCACGGACUUAUAAGGAAGUACGGUCUCGAGAUCUGCCGCCAAUGCUUCAGAGAACGUGCCACUAUAAUUGGAUUCCACAAGUACUGGUGA